UACACUCCUUCGGUCCUCUGGUUUAUGGACUGGAAUGAGAUGGAUGCCAACCUGGAUGGCACUGCUCUGGUGGGAAUGGCUCUGGCAGGGUUUGUUUUAAUUAUGGUGAGGCCAGUAUGAUCAUUAUGGGAGUGCUUUGGAUCCUGUAUCACUCUAUUGUGAAUGUCGGACAGCUUUGGUACUCCUUUGGUUGGGAAAGCCAGCUUCUGGAAAGCGGUUUCUUGGGGAUCUUCCUGUGUCCUCUGUGGAGUCUGUCCCCGAUGCCGCGCCGCUGCCCGCCGUCGCUCGUCUCCAUCUGGACCUUCCGCUGGCUCAUAGUUCGCAUCAUGCUGGGUGCGGGUUUGAUCAAGAUCAGAGGUGACCGCUGUUGGAGGGAGCUCACCUGCAUGGACUAUCAUUACGAGACCCAGCCGGUGCCGAACCCCAUGUCCUACUACAUGCAUCGCUCUCCGUGGUGGUUUCAUCGCUUCGAGACUCUCAGCAAUCACUUCAUCGAGCUCGUGGUGCCCUUCUUCACCUUCAUGGGCCGGCGCAUGUGCAUGCUGAACGGAGUCCUGCAGAUCCUCUUCCAGGUUGUUCUGAUCAUUAGUGGGAAUCUGAGUUUUCUGAACUGGUUGACUAUCGUUCCCAGUCUGGCGUGCUUUGAUGACGCUGCUUUGGCGUUUCUGUUCCGCCGCUCUGGACGAACCAGACAGACUUUACUGCAGAUUCAGACAGAGGAGGCUUCAGGACUCAAACCUGCGCCCUCCAAAGGUAUGUUGAUCAGGCGUGUGCUGAAUGUGUCUCUGGGGAUUCUGAUCGCGUAUCUGAGCGUCCCGGUCGUGAUGAACCUGCUGAGCUCCAGACAGAUGAUGAACACCUCGUUUGAUCCCCUGCGGAUCGUCAACACGUACGGAGCCUUUGGCAGUGUCACUAAGGAGCGGACGGAGGUGGUGUUUCAGGGCACGCUGAGCGUCAAUCACACCGGAGAGGAGGUCGUAUGGGAGGAGUAUGAGUUCCUGUGUAAACCUGGAGCUCUGGACCGGAGGCCGUGCCUCAUCUCGCCGUAUCACUACAGGCUGGACUGGCUCAUGUGGUUCGCUGCGUUUCAGACGUAUGAGCAGAGCGAGUGGGUUAUUCACAUAGCCGGCAGACUGCUGGCUAAUGACUCCACAGUUCUUUCCCUAAUGGGACACAACCCGUUCCAGAACAGAGAGAAACCGAGGUGGAUUCGAGGAGAGCAUUUCCGCUAUAAAUUCACGCGUCCGGGCAGCAGCAGCGCGGCUCAGGGGAAAUGGUGGGUCCGGAAGCGCAUCGGCCCUUACUUCCCCCCCGUUAACCUGGACAGUCUGAGGAGCUACUUCCAGUCCAGGAACUGGCCUCUGCCCGGCUCUUACUAAGCCUCGGACACAGACAGCCAGUUUGUCUUUUUUUGUGUGCCACACACUGAAGUAUAUCCUAUUUGAGCUUGACAAAACUGUGCCAAAGACGAUCUGUUACAUAAGAGAUUUGUGAAGGCAACUCUUCUGUGUCUCUGAGGAGCAGAGCAUGUGUUGAAUCCAGGGCUGUUUUAAACCUGCCAACAAUAACAGCCCGUUUCUGCUAUUAA